AUGGCACGGUCCGAUAUAGACGUAUCCUCCCUAGAAUCAAAUGACGUUGAUAGCGAACAUCAACAACAAGCCGCAGAUCACGAAGCACCUAUCCAAUACCACACAUCAAACAACUCACAACAGUCACGUAGAUCAUCCAUAACAAGACGUAUCUCAACUGCUGCUAAUAGUUUCUUUACCAUCCCUUCUCAAGGUAUGUUUAUUGAAGAAGACGCCAGACAAAGACAGAAUUGUGAUGAUGAUGAGUUUGUUAUUGAAGAAUUAUUUGGAGCUAGACAAUUAACCCAUUCGUUAACCAGACCAACAAGCCGUACCUCUGCUGCAGAUGAUGUUGCUUCAUAUUUGAGUCAAGAUAGUAUGACUGCGUUCCCACAGACUUAUGAGGGUGAAGAAGCAGCACAAACAUGGACUACCAAUAUGCCGGAGAUUGAAAGAAGAAGAAGUACGGUUGUGACUGUGAUUCAAGCUGUGACUAGGAAGUUUAAUUUUUGGGAUAAAGAUUUUCAUGCUGAUAGAAUUCAAAUUGCUGUUACAUUUGCAAAUAAUUAUAUCUAUUUGAUUAUUGGGUUUUCAAUUGCCCUUUGCAUUUAUUGGGGAUCAUAUUUUGAUAGAGCUGCUAAAUAUAAGAAUUUAAAGUUUGCAGUCAUGAUUGCUGAUAAACAAGUAGGGCAAUUACCUCCAAUUUUGGGUGAAACUAUUGAAGGAUUCUUUCAAAAUGUUCCGAUUUUAUUACAAUUGGGUAAUUAUGAUUUUUGGAAUUAUACAAGAUUGGAAACUUUAGCAUCAUCACAUAAUAAUACAAUCACUCAAGAAGUUUAUAGACAAAUUCAUCAUCAGAAAUAUUGGGGUGCCUUUUAUGUCCAUGAAAAUGCAACGCUACAAUGGUUUGAACUGUUAUCAACCUUGUCUCCCAAUUUCGACCCCUCCACUUCCCUAAUGGAAGUCGUCUACGAAACAGGAAGAGACUUCAACGCCAUGGCCAACUCAAUCACCACUAUCAUCCAAGAAAUAGUCAGAGUAUAUUACGCAUUCAUCCCUCAAUCUUCAUUAGCUUCCAACAUGCUCCAAACCCAAAACUCCACCCAACAACUCACAAUCCUUUCCCAAGCACCCCAACUAAUCGCAACAAUCCCAACAUUCGCCAUCACCGAUCUCAUCCCCGUCACAAACACCGUCUUUCAAGCCCCCCUCCAAAUCGGUCUCAUCUAUCUCGUCAUAUUCUCCUUCUUCCAAUUCAUCUUCUCGAUCAAGAUCCAUAUGUACAUCGCAUCCAAAAUUAAGGGAUUCCAAUAUGUCGUCUAUCGUAUGAUUUCAUCACAAGUCGCAUAUCUCGUACUUUCCUUAGCAUACGUCACCUUAAAUCGUGCCUUUGGAUUACCUUUCAAUGUCACAUUUGGCCAAGCUGGUUUUCUUGUGAUUUGGAUGUUUGCAUAUCUCACAAUGGGAUCAUUGGGGAGUAUUAUAGAAUUAAUGGUGUUGUUCUUGGUGGCUAUAAAACCCCAAUUGAUUGGGUUUGUGCUUUUGUUUGUGGCGGUGACUAAUGUUGCCCCCACGGUGUCUCCAAUUAUAUUGUGUCCUGAUUUUUAUCGAUAUGGAUAUGCUAUGCCCGUGAGGAAUUCAUAUGAUUUGAUGCAGGUGGCAUAUUUCAAUGCGUGGAAGGGACAUAUGGGAAGAAAUAUUGGGAUAUUGGUGGCUUGGAUUGUUGUGAGUAAUGCGGCGAUGCCAUUUGUGAUGAAAUGGAUGGCGAAGAAGAAGGCAAAGAUGGAUGCUGAGGCUGCUGCAAAACAGGCAGCUGAAGCUACUGCCCAAGCAAGAGCCAAUCAAAAGAUCAAUUGA